AUGGCAGAUGAUGAGGAACAGAUCGACGCAGAACCUGAAAAUGGACAACGAGUGGUGGAUGAAGCUGCGGGGAUACUGCACAAUUUACCUUUUAUGAAUCUCCCAGCUGUUCCACCUAAUGAAGGUCGACUCGAUUUGGAACAUUUGGAUAGGGAUUUUCGUGUGCUUGUACACAACGCAAAUGCUGUGUUAGCUGAACAACUUGCGGUGUUAGGAGAUAUUCAUAGAGAAGCGAAUCGAGUAGACGAAGGAGCAAUGAUGGAUGGAAUGGAGCGUAUUGCCGUAGGACUCAUUGAUGAGCUGCGUAAUAUGAUUGAACAUCUGAUAAGACAGCGCGACGAAAUGCGAGAAUUGGUAAUGCAACGAGGCUUGUUUGAUCCACUUUUCGGUCAAUGGGACGAACUGCUGGAAGUUUGGGGAGCGCGGAAUUUUACUCGAGAAAAUGGAAAAACAAAGGAUCCGAAAUCGCUGGAAACUACUGUUGUGGAGUACCUCACGAAUAUAAUAAACAGUAUUCCGACAGAAGCAUAUACUCUACCAUUACCGUUAUUGUUUGAAAUCCAUGUAGGUUUAUAUAAGAAAAACAAGCUUCUUAUAUUACACAAAGAAUGGAGUAGCAUCGAUCAAUUUCAAAGGAUUCUAAAUUGGAAAAUGAGAAGAAUGACAGUUCAUGAGCUUUUCAAUGGACUAAUGAAUAAAGGUUAUCUAAUUGAACGAGUUUUAUUCGAAGAUUUGAAACGAAAGAUUCUAGACCGUACGAAAGAGAAAGACAUAAAGUUAUACGAAGAUACACUCAUCUUAGGCACUUUUCUUUUGGAUCACGGGUCACUUAAUCUUCCUGGUGAGAUCUUCAGAUAUUGUCAAAAAAUGUUAAGCCGAUUGUCUGAUGAACACCAAUUUCGUCAACGGAAAUUAUUUGAACUCAAUUACUGGCUGAUGAAAUAUUAUAUAAACAACUGCUCAUUUGUCGAGGCAGUACACAUCAGUUCAUUUACUGAUACGUUAAUUGACAAACUGGAAAGCAAUACUGGUGUUGGAACAUUAAAUUUCGUGCAAAUUCAAACUCAGUGCGCUUCUUUAUGGUACGUGUUGGGUCAGUACAACAAGUCUAUGAACUUUUGUAUAAAAGCAUUAAAAACUGCUCAUGACAAAGGAACGCAUAUUACUGCACAAGUGGAGCUCUUAUGUCUUACUGCAAAGGUUCUCGUUUUCAAAAGGCAUUUUAACUUAGCGCUGAGAACUAUUCGUUUCGCUUUAGCGAUUGUUUUAAGCGAUGCAGAGCUUGAGAGGUUGUUGUGGUCCGUAUUAUGUGACUAUGGAGAUUGCUUGCUCAAUUCAGACCAUGUCGAGAUGGCUGUGCAAGUUUAUACCGUGAUGGCAAAAAUGGUUCACAAACAUUUCGGAACAGAUUCUCUUCAUGAUGGUCGGGCAAUGUAUGAAUAUGCUCGUGCUGCAUACCAGCUUCUGUAUAAUAAUUAUGCUGAGUAUCGUAUUGAUAAAGAGAAAUAUGUUCAGCUGCGUUUCCGCUGUGAAAAGUAUGCUAACAAGGCAGUAGAAAUUUGUCGGACAAAGCUGGGUAAAGAGCAUUAUCAAUUGUUAAAUGCCGAAGAGCUGCAAGUGCUAGUUUCGGUAAAAAGUGCAUUACGAAAUGAUACUAUCCAGCAAGAAUUGCUGAAUGAAGCAUUGGAAACACAUAUGCGAGCUUUGAAUAAAUAUUGCAACUUCAGCAGUGAUAAUGCGAAUUAUGCAAGGACUUACGAUUAUCUUGGCCACAUAUUUCGAUGGUCGCAAAGACUUGAAGUCUCUGAGGAAAUGUUUGAAAAAGCUUUGGCUACAAAGAAAAUUGUCUACGGCAUUAAUGAUCAUGAAACAGCUCUCACUAUGGUUUCUUUGGCUUAUCUUUAUCUGAAGGACAUGAAUCGACCCAGGGAAGCUUUGGUUCUCUUCAAAAAAUGUCUUGAAAUUGAGUUGAAUAUAUUUGGUGAAGAAUAUUCUGGACUUGGCUUUAUUUAUGAUGGAAUGACGUUAGCCUACGAAAUAACCGAUGAUUUCGCAGAAGCACAAAUUUAUCGCCAAAAGCUACAUUUAUGGAAAUCUAAGAGACGCAUGCUUGAAGAAGCACCGUCUAAGAAUCCUUUUGGAGAAUCGUUAUGCGUCGAGGAAACAUUCCAGAAUUUUGUCACUGAGUGCUAUGGGACUCUUAGUUCCAUUGAAACGCAACAAUCAUCAAAUGUUAAGAUGAUGGAAACAUGCUAA